GGGGCUGACGGGCUCUCAGCCGGGGCAGAGGAGCGCGCUCCUGGACACUUCGCUGAGGCAGGAGCAGGUGCCAUGGGCAUCCAGGGGCGACUGGCCUUUUUGGUGCUGCUGCUGUUGCUGCUGCGAGGCCUGGGGUGGCCCGCGUGGCCUGCGGCAGUGGCCCUGGCACUGCGCUGGCUCCUGGGAGACUCCGCCUGCUGUGUGCUGCUGGGCCUGGCUGUGCUGGCGUGGCCUUGGCUGGGCCCCUGGAUGCCCCACUGGCUGAGUUUGGCAGCUGCGGCCCUCACGCUGGCUCUGCUGCCUGCGCGGCCACCCCCAGGGCUGCGCUGGCUGCCCGCUGACCUGGGCUACCUCUUCGGGACCCUGCGCCUGGGCCUGAACAUCCAGGCACGCUUGAGGCGCCGGCCGCCUGACACCUUCAUCGAUUCCUUUGAGCGGCGAGCACGAGCGCAGCCGGGGCGCCAGAUCUUGGUGUGGACCGGGCCGGGGAGCCAGACGGUCACCUUCGGGGAGCUGGACGCCAGGGCCUGCCGGGCAGCUUGGGUCAUGAAGGCCGAGCUGGGAGACGCCCUGGGCCCGCACGAGAGGGAGCCCACUGCCCUGCUGAUGCUGCCCUCGCAGACCGUUCCUGCCCUGGGCCUGUGGCUGGGGCUGGCCAAGCUGGGCUGUCCGGUUGCCUGGAUCAAUCCGCACGGCCGGGGGGCACCCCUGGUGCACGCGGUGCUGAGCUCGGGGGCUCGGGUGCUGGUGGUGGACCCAGGCCUCCGGGAGAACCUGGAGGAGAUCCUUCCCAAGCUGCAGGCAGAGAACAUCCGCUGCUUCUACCUGGGCCACUCCUCCCCCACCCCGGGGGUGGGGGCUCUGGGAGCCGCCCUGGAUGCUGCGCCCUCAGACCCCGUGCCCGCUGACCUGCGUGCUGAGAUCAAGCUGCGGAGCCCCGCCCUGUUCAUCUACACCUCAGGGACCACGGGGCUCCCGAAGCCAGCCAUCCUCACGUACGAGCGGGUGCUGCAGAUAAGUGGGAUGCUGACCCUGUGCGGGGUCACGGCUGAUGACGUGGUCUACUCGGUCCUGCCUCUGUACCACACAAUGGGGCUCGUCCUUGGGGUCCUCAGCUGCUUGGAACUGGGCGUGACCUGUGUCCUGGCCCCCAAGUUCUCUGCCUCCCGCUUCUGGGACGACUGCCGGCAGCAUGGCGUGACUGUGAUCCAGUACGUGGGCGAGGUCCUGCGGUACCUGUGCAACACUCCCCAGGUAAGUCGCCAGAUGAGGCCUCCAGCCACCCCUCCGUGUCGCUUCAGGGACAGGUCCCAGGUAACCUCUGCAGGCAACCCUUACAAGUACCUCUCCGGGUACAAACUCCCGCGGCCUGAGGACCGGUCACAUUCAGUCCGCCUGGCUAUUGGAAGUGGGCUCCGGGCAGAAGUGUGGGAGACCUUCCAGCAGCGCUUCGGCCCCAUUCAGAUCUGGGAAGCCUACGGCGCCACAGAAGGCAAUGUCGGCUUUGUCAACUACCCAGGGCGCUGUGGGGCCCAGGGCAAGUCGAACUGCUUCCUCCGAAUGAUGUCCCCCUUCGAGCUCGUGCAGUUCAGCAUGGAGACGGAGGAGCCUGUGAGGGACAAGCAGGGCUUCUGCAUCCCUGUGGGGCCAGGGGAGCCGGGGCUCCUGCUGACCCAGGUGCUGGCCCGCCAGCCUUUCGUGGGCUACCGCGGGCCCCGCGAGCAGACGGAAAAGAAGUUGGUGUACAACGUGCGGCGCCCAAACGACGUUUACUACAACACCGGGGACGUGCUGGCCAUGGACCGCGAAGGCUUCCUCUACUUCCGCGACCGCCUGGGCGACACCUUCCGGUGGAAGGGAGAGAACGUGUCCACGCGAGAGGUGGAGGGCGUGCUGUCACUCGUGGACUUCCUGCAGGAGGUGAACGUCUACGGUGUGGCUGUGCCAGGGUGUGAGGGUAAGGUGGGCAUGGCUGCCGUGCAGCUGGCCCCCGGCCAGACCUUCGACGGGCGGAGGCUAUACGAGCACGUGCGCAACUGGCUCCCUGCCUAUGCUGCCCCCCAUUUCAUUCGUAUCCAGGACACCUUGGAGACCACAAGCACGUUCAAACUGGUGAAGUCCCGGCUGGUGCGCGAAGGCUUCAACGUGGGCGUUGUUGCCGACCCCCUGUUCGUGCUGGACCACCAGGCCCGCGCCUUCCAGCCCCUGACACCAGACAUAUACCAGGCGGUGUGUGAGGGCACCUGGCGACUCUGACAGUCUAGUCAGCCCGCAGGACAUCCAGAGGCGCUGGGCCCAAGGCGGCAGGACCAUCCCCCACGUGUAUGGUCCCCAGGAGCCCCGGCCUGGCCUUAUCCCCAGCUGCUCAGUGUGAGCCAACCCUGAGCCCUUGGCAGAUGGAGAAUAAACUCGGAUGUGCACACGGA